AUGUCGGCGUGUAUGAGUGUGUGUGUGCGCUGCAAUGAGCCAGCCCCAGGACCCCACGAGGACACGCCUGCUCACACUGUGCCUCCCUCUCUGUGUGUGCAGCCCACCAGCCGCUGCACAGUUGAGGCCCGCCACCACCUCCACCACCACCACCACAGCCGCUGCCGCCGCCGCCACCACCACCACUGCCGGCACAACCCGCCAGACUCCUGCUGCUGCUGCUGCACUGCCCACGACUCCUGCACCUGAUGACGCCACUGUCUCUCACUUGCGGAGCCUCUCUGCAGAGGAGAGGGGCAGGAGGCUGGUCCAGGCGGCUGAGCAGGGGGCAGUGGGGGAGCUGAGGGCGCUGAUCGCCGCAGGGGCCGACGUGGGGGCGAGGGGCGGGCUGUGGGGGUUCACCGCCCUGCACUGGGCAGCGCGCAGGGGAGACGUCGUGGUGGUGUGGCUCCUGGUGGGGGCGGGUGCGGCGGUGGACGCCAGGACUGAGGGUGGGUGGACGCCGCUGCAUGUGGCGGCAGUCAAUGGCCGCGCAGAAGUGGCGGCUGAGCUGCUCGUCGCGGGGGCCGACAGGGGGGCCACAACUCGUGAUGGGCGGACAGCGCUGGACAUCGCCAGGCAGAAGAAGCACAGGCGGCUGGUGGAGAUGCUGUCAUGAGGCAGGCAGUCCAGCGAACUCUGUGCAAAAAAACAGGAACUGAAAGAAUUUGUAGGAGAGCAAUAUACAUAAUUUUUUAAAUAAAGAUCCAAAAAACUCAA